ACCCAGCUUGGCGCUUUGAAAGCAUCCAGGUGUUCGCACUUUACACGCACCGAAGCCAGGGUUUGUAGCAAGCAUAAAAGUACUACCCUCACAUAGACUCUCUCGCCGUUUCUAAUACACUUGCACUACUGUAUCUUAAUAGUCCGUCAGAUGGCCUCAAUCGAUAUCACCGUGCAGCUUCUUUCUCUGUCAAGCGCACUAGUCUUGUCGGGAUACCACUAUGCCUCAGAUGCUGUAGCAUUGCCGAAUGCACUUCUAAGUUCUUCGCUCUCUUCCUCAGACAUUGUACACGCGUGGCUUCGCGCCUGGGACGUGGGUCGCGUCAUAGGACCACUGUGUGUCAAUGUCUCCUUGGCCGGGUAUGCCUUCGUCGCUUACCGUGAAGGGCCAGAAUCCACCACCUUUUGGUACUAUGUCGCAGCAUCUGCUGCGCAGGUCGUGAACGUGUUAUACACUGUUUUUGGAGUGUUUCCAGUAAACGAUCUGUUGCUUGCGGAAUCCGAAAAGAUCAAAGCUGGCGAAAAGUUGCAAGAAAAGGACACAGUGCGCAGGUGGGUGCAGCAGUGGAAAGAUAUGGACCGAAACAGAAUGAUAUUGAUGUGGUCAACGGCUUUGCUUGGGCUUGCGGGCCUCUGGAGGGCAACAUGAUACACAGAGGUGUGUGCCCACAAAACCAUCAACAAGACAGGGCGCUGUGAGAAGAUUCAUGAGGCUUUACACCAUAUUAUCUUCUAGCUAUCGGGGAAUUCCAGCAAUAGCCAUCAUUAUUGCGCUGCGCUUGCCCUAAAUUGAAGCAUACUGUUUUCGUGCAAGUCACCGUUCGGCGCUGUGCCAACAAGCCUACCUCGUAGAACCACUUCCUAUACACUAGCUGCC